UGAAGUCCGGGCCGGCAGCACGCGGCGCGCCUGCGCGGGCCGCCUCCGCGCGCCCCGCCCCUUCGCUGCCGGGCCCUCGCGGUGGGGCGGCGCGCGGAAUUGGUGGGGAAAAAGCUUGCUUUUUAUGAAAUAUUUACCAGGCAUUGAGAAACAAGUCAGUAAAGCCAACCAAAAGCUAAUGUCUUCAGAAAUGCCAACAGAGAGUCCAGAGGUGCUAACAGAAAAUACUGUGCCUGCAGAGAUUCCUGAUGUGGAAGGAAAGGUGAAAUCAAAUGAUAGUCAUGUAGAGAGACAGGAGGCAGGCUCAGACGAGGCACAAUGUCUUGGACCCGUGUCCAAGAGGCAAAGGAAGAAACUGUUGAAGCAGAAACAAUGGGAAGAACAGAAAGAUCUACGCAGGCAGAAACGAAAAGAAAAACGCCAGAAGAGAAAAUUAGAGCGUCAGUCAAAAUUGGACCCCAAUAAUGAAGGGAAUGACAGAAAGCGUAUGCGAAAGGAAGUGGUUCCUAGUACACUUCGCCUCAUUGUGGACUGCAGCUUUGAUGACUUGAUGGUGCUAAAGGAUGUUAAGAAGCUUCACAAGCAAAUUCAGAGAUGUUACGCAGAAAACCGCAAAGCAUUUCAUCCUGUGCAGUUUUACUUGACCAGCCAUGGGGGACAGUUGAAGAACAACAUGAAUGAAAAUGACAAAGGAUGGGUGAACUGGAAGGAUAUCCAAAUUAGAACAGAGCACUAUAGUGAGCUAAUAAAGAAAGAAGACCUAGUAUAUCUUACCUCAGAUUCCCCGGACAUUCUCAGUGAGCUUGAUGAGAAGAAAGCCUACGUGAUUGGAGGGCUAGUGGAUCACAAUCACCACAAGGGAAUUACUUACAAAAAAGCGGUAGAGCUAGGAAUUGGUCAUGCACAACUCCCUCUUGGAAAUUUUGUGAAAAUGAACAGUCGGAAAGUGUUAGCAGUCAAUCAUGUGUUUGAGAUCAUCCUUGCAUACCUGGAGAAGAGAGACUGGAAGGAGGCUUUUUUCAGUGUCUUGCCACAGCGGAAAGGGGCUGUUGCUUUGGGAGAAGCCAAUGAUUCGUCCAAACAUGCUCUAUCUGAAAAAGAAGAUGGAGACAAUGACUCGGACAGCAACUAGACUUCAGGAUGAGAUGGGGAAAAAUGAGACAUACCAUUCACGGGAUAAAAUUGGGACACAAAGUAGUUAAGCUCUGAAGACCAUCUGCUGCCCUUGUGAUACUGAAUUGUCUCAAUGCUCAGUAGUUACAUAGCUGGCCCAGAACUGUUGCUGGACAGAAAGGGUAAAGAUGAAUGCUAUUUUUACCCUGAAACUUCAUUAUUAGUAGCUUUUAAAAAAAAUAAAUUAAUGGCAGAAAUUAUUUUGCUUCCCAAGGAGGCUAUUUUAUUUAUUUUUGUUUUAAGUUUUGUUAUACAUAUGAAGUUGAGCGUAUACCUGAAAGCCUAAAGCAUUAGUAAUUACUGUUUUAUGCAUGCAUUCUUGUCCAUUUCCACUCUAAUGUUUCUUAAAAGCAUUGUACAAUAAGUGUUCAUAUGACCUCAAAUCCUGUACCAGUAGUGCCUGUUGUAAAAUGUGUAUGAUCACUCAAAGAAAAAACAAAUUUUCUACUUUUCCUGAGGGUCUCAGCAGACAAUCACAAGCAACUGAGCGUCCUUUAUCAGCUGAGCCAUACUGACUGAUUUAUACUCCUGGUUGGGGUCACUAGAUGAAAUAUGAAUGUGGAGUUAAGUCAAUACUCUAUACUUCAGUUUGAGUGGGAUGAGUAUCUGCACAUGUGCAAAUUUUGUGGCUUGGUUGGCACGCAGUGCUUGUUAUGUUGAGGUGGCUCAAUUACUUUUGAUUAGCUAUUACACUCUUAGCAAAACUUAUCCUGCAGUCUCAAAACAAUACCGGAAGACAGCUCAAGAAUACCAGUGACUUGCAAGUCACUUAUUCUUCAGUUUUAGCAUACCUGUAUACCACAACGUUGUAUUAAUUGCAUUGUCUGCCAAAUAUUUUUCCUUUUGAAAAAUAAAUAUAUAUCUAUAUA